UAGAGAAUUUUGUAAACAUUUGCUCCUGCAAAAUACCAAUUGAAUUGUAAUUUUUUAGUGAUAAAGUGAAAACAAAUGUUGCAAAAUACUUAUUGGGAGGCGAUUCAAUUAGGCGCUAUCAAGUUUAAUGGAUUUUAACUAUACUCACUUGGAGAAAAUGUUGCCACUACUCGGUACCAUAACUGGUGGAAAUACCUUAAACAAUAAUCAAACCUUCAUCAAUCAACUCGCUGCAGCAAUCAGUACAGCAGUUGGUGCAGUUAAUGCAGUGACAACAAAUCCCAACAACAAUAAUAUGGCUGUAGCGUCUAACGUGCGAGAUCGCACGCCUGAACCACCACCAGCACCUAGAUUUACCUUGAGUUCACCGCCCUCUGUAAAGCCCAAUCGUGGCACAGCACCAAUGGAUAUUGAAACGGAAACGGAGGCUGCCACUGUUACGUCACCAGCUAGUCAUAAUGCAACGUCCACUGUACACCCGGCUGCCGACCCAAAUCUAGCUGGCGAUAAGUUGGCAAUGAGCAUGCAUGGCGCUAAUAUAUUUAUGAAUAGCUUUGUGCCGACAGCGGGUACAACAGCUGGCCUUGCUGCUAAUCCCUACAUGUUCUUUCCAUCAGCAGCAACAAAUGCAGCCUCAACGUCCGCUGCUGCGGCAAAUCAAAUGUUUAUGGACCCCACAGCCAUGUUGGCAGCUAUGCAGCAAAUGCAACAAAACUAUGCUGCCAGCUUUGCCGGCACGUUGCCCAAUAGCGAAAGCUGUCUUAAUGCUAACGGCAUGAAAGAGGUGAUAAAAACCAAGAGUUGCAUUCUAUUUCCACCCAACCCCAAUGCACCGCCACCAACCACACGCGAACGCCCGCCUGGCUGCCGCACAGUUUUCGUCGGCGGUCUGCCGGAAAACUGCACAGAGGAUGUGGUGCGUGAAAUAUUCGAAUCUUGUGGUGAAAUCACCACACUCCGUGCAUCGAAGAAGAACUUCUGCCACAUACGUUAUCGCCACGAAGCUUCCGUUGACCGUGCCAUCUAUCUCUCGGGCUAUCGCAUACGCAUCUCCAACUCUAGCGAACCGUCAAACUUUGGCCGCCUACACGUCGAUUAUGCGCAAGCACGCGAUGAUCUCUACGAUUUCGAAUGCAAACAACGUCAAUUACAACGUGAACAGCGUCAUAAGGAGCGUGUGUCCAUCGAUCGCAUACGUUCACAAUCGCCGCCACCCAUACCGCAUUACAAUGAUCACGAAGCAUCGUUGGUAGCCGAGCAUCUGCGUAGUGGCGACACCUUCGUGAAGGCCGUACAAACAAUUGCAAUUUGGUUGGAGCGCGGCGACUGCACCAAACGCAAUGCCAACAUGUUCUACUCAAUGAUACAGAGCACACACGCACAUGUGCGUCGCCUGCAUACGGAUAAGCAGCAGCUGGAAGAUGAUUUACGCAAAGCGCGUGAAAGCUAUCGCAAGCAAAUGCUGACAAUGUCCGCACAGUUCACUCAGAUUGAAAAAGUGUUCAGUGCUGCAAGUCACAAGAAGGUUUGGGACCAUUUCACCAAAGCCCAAAGAAAAAACAUCGAUCAGUGGAAGAAGCUGGCAUUGGAAUUGCGCUCCGUGCAAAUCGAGGACGAUGAAAUGGAAAUGUCUGAUGACGAUCGUAGCUAUCAGGGCAGCAGCGCAAAGAGAACACGCUACGAUGCGGAGAGUUUGAAGGAAGAGAACGAUUCGCUGCGUUGCCAGCUUGAAGCUUUGCGUAGCGAAAUGUCACACGUUCGCACCGACAUCAAAUACGACAAUGAUUAUCGUGAGAAGCAGAUCAAAGUGCUGCAGGAAACAAUACGCAAUAUGCAAACACAAUUGCUGCAGACGAAAAUGCGCGAACAAAAGGACAACAAAACAAUUGAACUCCUUGAGCGUAAGCUAAAGGAGGCAGGCGUUAAGCAGUUGUUGUUAAAAACUAGAAUUAAGGAAACCACAAACAAGCGUAGAGAUCGCGAAACAUCGUCAAUUAACUCCGAGACCAGUGAAAUAUUAAUCGAUGAAGUUGAAGAUGUCGUUGAUGAUCCUGAUGACGACAAUGAUGUGGAAGAGGUGACAGUAAAAGCUGCCACAGGAAAUAAGCCAAAAGAUUGGACGCGCUCUAAUAAGGAGAGAGAUAAUACUGAAUAUUCUUCAAAUGCAGACAAAACAAAUCACAUACCAAUUAUCGAUAUUGAUGGUUACAAAAGUGAUGACGAAGUGAAUAUUAUCGAAGAUCAGAAUGAUAUUGUUGAAAUACACGAAACCGAUGACGAUGAAAAAGCUGCCAACCAAAGCAAUAGGGUGGAUGAAGAAUUCUCGAAAAACGAUAAUCCACAGACUGAAGUAGAAGCUAAAGCUGCCUCAGAGCAAAUGUCAAACGAAGACGCAACUUCUAACGACAAUUUAGCAGCUAAGGAAGACAGUGAUGAUAUUUCUAAUACUGCUAAAGUCAAAGUAAAGUUGUCGGAGGAUACCAAAGUGAUUGAGCCGAAAUGCUUGCCAUUUGUGGAGGCCCAAAUUAUAGCAUUAGUCGCCGCUUAUCUAAUAGUGCAACCAUUUGGCGUCAGCGCUGAAUCAAUUUGUGUCUACUUGCGACAAUCUAUGAAAAAACUAGACUUAGAAGUGCCAACAUUGGAGCAAAUACUCACAACAUACAACAAUCUCUUCGAGUUGGUACAUCCGGCAGUACUUGGUGUUGAUUGCGAACCCAAGUCACAGUGGAAGUUUUGCGGUUUUACUGCUACUGCUGCUGGAGACGGCAACAACGAACGUGAUAACGCUAAAAGUGUGGAGUGAAAGCAGGAAUUUCGAAGUCUACUCGCUAACAACCAAACAUGGAAACCGAAUUUUAUAAUAUUUAUACUCGUAAGCAUCAAUUACUCGCAAAAGAGACAUCGAUUUUAAUCCGUACAUUUUUAAAAAACUUCUUUAAAAGUAAUUACUAGAAUUAUACGUUUGGAAAUAAAAAACAGUGAUUUUAAAUAUGAA